AUCGCCUUCAAGCCGGCCGAGCUGCCAAAUCUCUCUUUCGUUUAAUAGUUGUGCUAGUGCCCUGCAGUACAACAAACGGCGGGAGAGCGCGACCGAACCUAAAUACAGCAGGACACGCACAUCUUAUGUUACCCAAACAGCGACCUACUCACACACACACACAAAUAUAGAUUGAGAAGAUGAAGGAAGAAGCUAUAAGCUCCUCAGGGGACCCCUUUGUGCCCCCAAUGGCUACUUCUCCCCGUAAACUCACUUCCGCGGCGAGUUCUGCUGGUGCAUCAUCCCCAGCUGUUCCUAUAAAAGCUGGCAGCACAGACGGGUUAGGUCAAGGACAUAAUACAAAAGGAAGUUCACUUUCUCGCAUGUGUUUGCCGCCCAUGAAUAUGUCAUUGAGCACUAGUGCUUGUGGUUCAACUCUUGGAUUAGCACAGCCUUCUUGCAGGCCCUGGGAAAGGGGUGAUUUAUUGAGGCGUCUCUCGACAUUCAAACCUGCGAAUUGGUUUGGCAAGCCUAAGGCAACAAGUUCUCUGGCCUGUGCCAGGAAAGGCUGGGUCAAUGUGGAUGUUGACAAAGUUGAAUGUGAGUCUUGUGCUGCAAUUCUAAAGUUUGUCUCUUCCGCUACUUGGACUCCUGAUGAAGCUAAUGCUGCCGGAGAAGAAUUUGCCAAAAGACUUGAUGAAGGACAUAAAGUUACCUGCCCAUGGAUAGGAAACUGCUGUGCAGAAAGUCUGGUACAGUUCCCACCUACUCCGCCGUCAGCACUUAUUGGUGGUUAUAAGGAUAGAUGUGAUGGACUGCUCCAAUUUCCUUCUCUUCCUAUUGUGUCUGCAUCUGCAGUUGAGAAAAUACGGGUUUCCAGGGGCCCAGAGAUUGACCGCUUGCUGGCCCAAUCUCACCUUGCACGUAGUGAAUCUGGCAUAAAGCUGGAAAUUCUAUUAGGAACUGAGAACUCCAAAGAUGAUGUCUUCUUCAUAUACACUCGAGCUCAGAAGCUGAUAAGCCUUUGUGGAUGGGAACCUUUGUGGUUUCCAAAUGUCCAAGAUUGUGAAGAGCACUCUGCUCAAUCAGCUAGGAAUGGAUGCUCGACUGGUCCUUCCAGAUAUCGGGGUCCUCCUCGUGAUCCUAGUCGUGGCAAGAAAGCAUUGUCCUCUUCCACAAAAAAGAAUUAUGCUAUCAAUGAAGCUGUAGGUACUUGCUCAAAAACUUUAUCCAGGUCUCCACUGUUGGAUUGUAGCUUAUGUGGUGCAGCAGUGAGAAUUUGGGACUUCCUGACUGUCCCACGCCCUUCUAGCUUUGUUCCUAAUAGCACUGACGUCCCAGAAACUGGAAAGAAGUUGGUAUUAACACGUGGAGUAAGUGCAGCGAGUGGUAUCGGUGGGUGGGUUGCUGCAGAUGGUAUAGAUAAGGACCAUGCAGAGGACCAGGAUGAAGCUGCAACUGGUGAAGGAAAAUCAUUGUCAAAUAUCGGGUUGGAUUUGAACUUUAACACAUCAGCUGGAUUGUCUUCUUCACGGCUGCACAUGAAUUUAACAUCUGAACAGUACCAAGAUGUUGAUAGAAGAAGAGAUUUACUGACUGGGCAGCCUUCUGGCAGUGAGGUUGGUGAUCGAGCAGCUUCAUAUGAAUCACGUGGCCCCAGUUCCCGCAAGAGGAUCCUAGAUGAGGGUGGAAGCACUGUUGACACACCACAGUUACUGGUUCAACGAGCAGACAGUGUCGAAGGAACUGUCAUCGACCGCGAUGGUGAUGAAGUGGAUGAUGGCGGGCAAUACUCUGCUGGCCCUUCAAAACGUGCUCGUGACUCUGUUGUGGGUCCCAUCCAGGUGCCACAUGCUAAAGACUCCUCUGGUGCGGGUCCUAGCCAGUCAUUUGGCUUUGACGUUGGUGUCGAUCCUUGUAAAGAUGAUUUUGUCCAGGGUCCUGAACAAAUAAUUGGUAAUCCAUCAACCAGAGAUUCAACACAUGUAUCCUCUGUUAUUGCAAUGGACACGAUUAAUCACAAUGCGGAUGAUGAUUCAAUGGAGAGUGUUGAGAACUAUCCUGGAGAUUUUGAUGACAUACAUUUGCCUUCUACAUCGACAGUCAAGAACACGGACGCCAAUGAGACAUCAGAACAGAACUAUAGUAACCAAGCACAACAAAGCACCUGCCCAGUGGCUGCGAGAAGUACAGGUGAAAUAGGUGUAAGUAGUACCAAUGAAGAAGUAGUGAAUGGCGAUACUGGUACUGCACAUGGGAAGGACGGUUUCAGCUUUGGAAUUAGUGGUGGAAGUGUUGGAAUGGGUGCUAGCCAUGAAGCUGAAAUACAUGGGAUUGAUGCUUCCGCUUACAGAGUAGACAGUGUUGGUGGUGACCUAGAACCUGUUGCUGAAGUAACUGACAACCAGGGUCAGACUGGUGAAUUUGGUCCAGAUCCAGGGUUAAUGGGUGAUUUUGUCCCUGAAGAUAUGGACAGAGAGGAUCCUCAAGGUGAUAGUCAAGAAUUGAUGUCCAAUUCAAUAGCAAGAGAAGAUAGUGGCUCAAAAAUUGUGGGUUCAACGAAGGCAGAUUCUGUUGAAAGUGGAGGAAAGACGAGUAACUUGCUGGCCACCUCGUGUGACAACAGCCCCCAUCCUUCACUUUCUUGCAAUGCUAUUUUGUGUUCUGGCUUUGAAGCAUCCAAGGAAGUAGUAACUCAGGCUCCUGAUCGGACUACCGAUGACUGCGGAUAUGUUGAGUCAGGGUACAAUGUUGCAAAUGGAUCAGGGCCUCCAAGUGGCGGAAACAACUAUGACGAAGUAAUAGAAUUUGAUCCAAUUAAGCACCAUAAUCACUUCUGUCCUUGGGUGAAUGGAAAUGUUGCUGCAGCUGGCUGUAGUAGCAGUGGCGGUGGCUCCAGUUCCAGUCCUGGUGCUCUCGCACUGUGUGGUUGGCAGCUGACAUUAGAUGCUUUAGACGCAUUUCAAUCACUAGGACAGGUUCCAGUCCAAACAGUGGAGUCUGAGUCUGCGGCUUCCUUGUAUAAGGCAAGUGGUCGAUUAAUAAACGUCACAGGUAGUGAUGCCCCCUGUGCAUCCUUUCUGCCGUUGUCAUCACCACAGUUGUUGUCCAUUGCAAAUGGAGCUGGAAGAGUCAUUGUUGACAAUUCUCCUGGCAUAGACGAUCAUCAUGCUCCAAGCCGGAAGCUCUUGCCACGACACUCUUACAACAAACGUUGUGGGAAGAAUUGAACUAAAUCUAUGUUAGAAAUAUGGUGUCCGUUAUUGCUUUCUAAAGAAGUCACCGAAGAUAAAAUAUAGCAGCUCCAGAUUAAACCAACCGCAUUGAAGUUAUAUGUGCUGAUUUAUCCUCUAUUUGGAAUAGAUAAAAUUCUGUUGGCUGUAAUGUUCACCGAAUAUCCAAGAGUACCUGUGUUUAUGUUUCAAAGUUUGUAGUUCCUUUGUAAACUUGUUGCAAUAACACAUCAUGGACAAAGAGGGCCUGUGUAGUUUGUCCUAAUAGUAUCUUGCUGGAGGCUACUGUUUCAAGAAUUCUGCAACUGCAACUGUAAUUAAUUCCGAGAUUGCUUCUUUAACAUUGUCAUUAGAGCACUACCUGUCUUGCCAUCUAUUAGUUCUAUUUCAUGUGCAGCAUUUGUUGGUAUUUAGUCAGAUAAUGGUCCAUUUCAUGAUUUUCAUCUCAUCUUAUGAAUAAUUUUCGACGGAAUUGACUAGGUUUAUUGAGGGUAUCAAUUUCAAUUUA